UGUCAAAAGUGGACCCAGAAGAAAUCCUCCUAAAUCGGUGCUUAAUCAUCAGUGAAGGAUAGGCUCAAGCCGAAUAUUUGAUUUGUAGCCUUCAAAAUCCAAGGAAAAUGGCCCAAAAAAAUUAUGAAAAUGUCAUCCGAAAAUAAAUCCACCCAAAUUGGUGCUCAUCGGUACUUCAUCGGUCGAAAAUGAGAUCAAAAGACUUCAACAUUAGUGGAGAAUCGCCUAAGGCAGAGUCCUUGAUCUAUGGCCUUCAAAAUCGAAAGAAAAUGACAUUUCAGAAAAAUCGCCCGAAAUCUGUGAUGGAUUGAUGGUACCCCUUUGAAAUUUGCCAAAAAUGGACCCGGAAGAAAUCUGGCAAAAUCUUUGCUUAAUGGACUUAAUCAUCAGUGAAGAAUAGGCUCAAGUCAAAUCCGUGAUCUGUAGCCUUCAAAAUCCAAGGAAAAUACACUUUCAUAGCCCAACGAAAAUGCCAUCCGAAAUAAAUUCUCCCAAAUUGGUACUUAAUGGACUUAAUCCUCGAUGGAGAAUAUGAUCGAGAGACUUUCAUCAUCGAUGGAGAAUAGCCUCCGACCGAAUCCAUGAUCUGUAGCUUUCAAAAUCGAAAGAAAAUGACAUUUUUUGAAAAAUUGCCUGAAAAUGGACCCCUUUGGUAUCUUUGCAAAAAUGGACCCGGAAGAAAUCCGCCCAAAUUGCUGCUUAACGAACUUAAUGAUCAGGGAAGAAUAGCCCCAGGCCGAAUUCGUGAUCUGUAGCUUUCAAAAUUCAAGGAAAAUUACAUUUUGAAAAAAAUCGCCUAAAAUUUAAGAAAAUGUCAUCCGAAAGUAAAUCUUCCCAAAUACGUGCUUAAUGGACUUAAUCAACGAUGGAGAAUAGGAUCAACAUACUUCAUCAUCGGUAAAGAAUAUCCUCGUGUCGAAUCCAUGAUCUGUAGCCUUCAAAAUCGAAAGAAAAUGACAUUUCGGAAAAAUCACCCGAUUGGCAAAAAUGUCGUCCAAAUCGAUGCUUAGUAAACUUAAUCACCAGUGUAGCUUUCAAAAUUCAAGAAAAACGAGCAUUCGAAAAAUCACCCAAAAUAUUAUGAAAAUGUCCUCCGAAAAAAUUUGUAUCAUUCGACGAUUAAAUGAGUUUUUAAAAAAAAUCCACUAAAAUCUAUAAUGAUACCCUUUAAAAUCUGUAAUGGUAUCCCUCGAAAAACCUAGAAAGUUGAAAAUACAUUUCAAUAGUUUUUUUAGAAAAGAAAAAUUGGAACUCGCACUAGUCCAAAAUUUUCCCGUCUAAAAAUCGAACAAAAUAUAUUUUAUUUUAUUUCAAAUUUACAUAAAAUGCUGAUAAUUCAUAAUUUUCCCUUUUUCCUAAUCGGAUAUGGAAAAGGAAAAAGGAAACUCGCCUUAAACAUCUCUUUACGUCUAUAAAAAGCAGGGGAGGAAGGGAACGAACGAGGCGAAUCAUUAAUUCCAAGAGUCGAUCGAGUUUCUCAAAUCUCCCCAUCGGUCGAUCAGUUCGUUUCCGGCGAGCAGUUAGUCAGUUAGUUUCCGGCAAGCAGGCCAUCAUGGAAGCCGGCGGCGGCGAGGAAGAGGAGCACUACACGGUGCUGGGGCUGCCUUCAGGGGAGGCAGCGUUCACGCUGUCGGAGAAGGAGAUCCGCCGCGCCUACAAGCGCAAGGCGAUCGAGCUCCACCCGGACAAGAACCCCGACGACGAGGAAGCGAAUCGAAAGUUCCAGAAGCUGCAAUCCUCGUACGAGGUUCUCAAGGACGAGGAGUCCCGCAGGCAGUACGACGAUCUCCUUCGCGUCAGGAUCACGGUCUCCAAGCAAGAAGAAGAAGAAGAAGAAGAAGAAGGGAGCAGAUUCACGGAGACGGAGACACCGUUCAUGUACGACUUCUUCUUCAGCGGCCGAUAUGAUGAUCCAGAUAAGAGCUGUUUCGAGGAGGCGUCCAAGGAAAAAGAAGGAGGAGGGCGAAAAGUAGAAGAAGAUUGGUCCAUAUUAACGGAGAUACUGGACUACAACUACUUUUUCGGCGGAGGAGCUGAUGAUGAUGAUCCGGAGGCGUCCAAGGAAGGAGGAAGAAAAGAAGAAGAUUGGUCCGAGAUACUGUUCAUGGACAAAGAACUGGGAGAUGGCGAACUCCACAACUGGGCUGCAGAGAGUAUUUUGUGAGUUUUUGGGGGUUGGACUCGGUUCAAGUUAGCAGGAAGCUAAGGUGUGUGUGUUUUUUUUUUCUCUCUCUCUCUUUUGUAGUUAGGGUUUGUUAUAGCAAACCGUACCGCCUAUGUAGUCCGCGAAAAACCAACUUGCAAGCUUAAAACUUGAGCGAGGGCGAGAUACUCGAUCCGUGAACUAGUGUCAAAUUGACGAUACCACAUAAAAAAAACUUUGUGUCUUUGUUCGUUAUCUUUUAUUCUCUUCAUUAUCAAGUUCCUAUACCACAUACGAUGAAUUCUUACUAAUUCACAUGAUGUUACACAUAGUGAGAGUGUUUUUUUAUGCUAUUAUUACAUCAUAUAAAACACAAGGGAGGAAGAGAGAGUGGCUUUCAUAAACAACGUGAUUGUGAUUGUGGCUUUCAUGAACAACCACAACAUAUUUUCAUGAUCUAAUAGACGUGUAAAAUACAUCUGUUGCUAGAAAACUACGAGUAAAUGGGAAAAAAAAGAAGAGUGGACAAUUAAGAAUUUGACGAGAACAAAAAAAGCACACUCGACUAACCAGAGUCCAGAAUCGCCAUGGAUGUCUAUUUGGCAAGAGAUUGAGAUCUAUGGCUUCCCACAAACUGAAAAUCUUGAAUGAUUUUUGUACAAAUUCAUGUGUUUCUUAUUCAUCAAAUCACAAGUGAUGAUUGAUAUCGUUUUCACAUGAAUCGCCUUUUAGGAAUGACGAUUAUGAGGCGAGUGCAUUGAAUGCACCCAAAAAAAUGGGUGCACCGAAU